GCUGCGCAUCGCGGGGUCGGUCCGGGCUGCGCACCGCGGGGUCCGGGCUGCGCACCGCCCCCAAGUUUGCGCGCAGGGCGCCCGGGCCACCGCGCAGCAGACAUGGAUGCGCGGCGGGACAUCGGCGGCUUCGUGGUGUGGGACUACGUGGUGUUCGCGGGCAUGCUGCUCAUCUCGGCCGCCAUCGGCAUCUACUACGCCUUCGCGGGGGGCGGCCAGCAGACCUCCAAGGAUUUCUUGAUGGGGGGUCGCAGCAUGACGGCCGUGCCCGUGGCGAUGUCCCUCACCGCCAGCUUCAUGUCGGCCGUCACCGUGCUGGGCACCCCCUCUGAGGUCUACCGUUUUGGAGCCGUCUUCAGUGUGUUUGCCAUCAGCUACUUUCUUGUGGUGCUCAUCAGUGCCGAGGUCUUCCUCCCCGUGUUCUAUAAACUGGGAAUCACCAGCACCUACGAGUAUUUAGAACUUCGAUUUAAUAGAUGUAUUCGUCUCUGUGGAACAGUCCUCUUCAUUGUUCAAACAAUUUUGUAUACUGGAAUUGUUAUUUAUGCCCCUGCCCUGGCUUUGAAUCAAGUCACGGGAUUUGAUCUGUGGGGUGCAGUGGUAGCAACGGGUGUGGUCUGCACAUUCUACUGCACGCUGGGUGGUCUCAAAGCAGUUGUCUGGACAGAUGUUUUUCAAGUUGGGAUCAUGGUAGCUGGAUUUGCAUCUGUGAUUAUACAGGCUACAGUGACUCAAGGUGGCAUCAACAAGAUUAUAGAUGAUGCCUAUAAUGGUGGAAGGUUAAACUUCUGGAAUUUUAAUCCUAACCCUUUGCAAAGACACACAUUCUGGACAAUUAUUAUAGGAGGGACCUUCACAUGGACCAGCAUCUACGGUAUCAACCAGUCUCAAGUGCAGAGAUACAUUUCCUGCAAAAGCAGAUUCCAGGGAAAACUAUCUCUUUACAUCAAUCUUGUGGGGCUGUGGGUCAUCCUCACCUGCUCUGUGCUGUGCGGACUUGCCCUGUAUUCAAGGUAUCGUGAAUGUGACCCUUGGACAUCCAAGAAAGUAUCAGAAGCAGACCAGCUCAUGCCUUAUUUGGUACUGGACAUUUUACAAGACUUUCCUGGAGUUCCUGGACUUUUUGUGGCUUGUGCUUACAGUGGAACAUUAAGCACGGUGUCCUCCAGCAUUAAUGCUCUAGCUGCAGUCACUGUGGAAGAUCUAAUCAAACCUCACUUCACAUCUCUCUCAGAAAGGUCUUUGUCUUGGGUUUCCCAAGGAAUGAGUGUGCUGUUUGGAGCCCUGUGUAUUGGAAUGGCUGCUCUGGCAUCACUAAUGGGAGCUUUGUUACAGGCAGCACUCAGUAUAUUUGGCAUGAUUGGUGGACCACUUCUGGGCCUGUUUUCUUUGGGCAUUCUAGUUCCCUUUGCCAACUCACUUGGAGCCUUGAGUGGUCUGUUGGCUGGAUUUGCCAUGUCUUUAUGGGUUGGAAUUGGAGCUCAACUUUAUCCACCACUUCCUGAGAGAACUAUGCCAUUAUCCCUUGAAACCUAUGGGUGUAACAGCACCUACAAUGGGACAGAUUUGAUGACAACAACAGAAAUGCCAUUUUAUACUAGUGCUUUUGAAAUACGUAACGUUGAACGGACUCCACUGAUGGAUAACUGGUAUUCUUUAUCAUAUCUGUACUUUAGUACCAUUGGAACUUUGACAGCAUUGCUUGUGGGCAUAUUUAUCAGUUUAUCAACAGGAGGAAGAAAACAGAACUUAGACUCUAGAGUCUUACUAACCAAAGAGGACUUUUUAUCAAAUUUCAACUUCUUAAAGAAACAACAUCAUGAUUUGAGCUACAAAUCUCAUCCAGUGGAAGACGGUGGAACUGACAAUCCAGCAUUCAACCACAUGGAAUUGAACUCCACAGAUCAAAACGCCAAGGCCAAUGGGACUCGCUUGUGAAGCAAUGUCAAUGUUAAAUGAUCUUAUGUCUCACUUUUAUCUAUUUUCUAGGACCAAGUUCUAGAUCAAGUUCAGGUGGUUUUUCCUUGUCUAUCAUGGAUAUUUGGCAUAUACACUUUUGUUACAACAAAGUCCUGAUUUCUUUCCCUUUC